AUGCACUCGCGCAGCACCUCGUCCGACGACUCGGCCCUCGACGCCCUCGAUGGCGUGCCCGACGACAGGAGCGCACUGGCCCAGAUUCUGGGCGGCAUCAGCGACAUGCAGAGGGAGUUGGCCCGCCUACACGUUCGGAUGGACUCGAUGGAGGAGCGGACAGGUGGGCCCUCGCCGUCACCCUCGCCCCACAUGCGACCACGGAGCAUUGCGAGAAGCCACUCGAACAGGAGCUUCCGCCAUGACUCUUCGCGCUCCUCGUCGCCCGACAAGCUCGCGAGCAUCCCUUCCAGUGGCACGAGACCAGCCCACCUCUCGCAGCUUCCCCGGCCCGUCAUUUCUCAGCCGGGCCCGAUCUUGACGCAGGAGCCCGACCUUGGCCUCUGGUGCGUCGUCCCUGCCGGUGGUGCCGGUACUCGUCUCUGGCCGCUGAGCAGGGAGAGCUACCCCAAGUUCCUCCUGGACCUCGUGGGCAGUGGCAGGACGCUGCUCCAGAGCACCUGGGACCGCCUGCUUCCUCUCUGCGGCCCGCGUAGGCUCAUGAUUGUCACUGGUGACCUUCACGUCGACGGCGUCCUCGAUCAGCUUCCCGAGCUGUCCGAGUCCAACGUUCUGGCCGAGCCGUCGCCCAAGGAGUCGAUGGCUGCCAUUGGGCUGGCUGCUGCCGUGCUGCAGCGACGCGACCCGGAUGCAGUGCUGGGCUCCUUUGCCGCCGACCACAUCAUCUCUGGUCGCGAUGGCUUCGAGAGUGCCGUGACCGAGGCUGUCGCCGUUGCCAGGGCCGGCUACCUCGUCACCAUUGGAAUUGCGCCUUCGCAUCCUUCGACUGGCUUUGGUUACAUCAAGCUCGGCGACAAGCUCGACGUGGACAAGGCCCCCAACGCGCGGCGAGUCACUGAGUUCAAGGAGAAGCCCGACGCCAGAACGGCGAGCGCCUACCUCGCCACGGGCGAGUACCGGUGGAACGGAGGCAUGUUCGUCGUGCAGGCAAAGACGUUGCUCUCGCUCCUCGAAAAGAGCAUGCCCGAGCUCCACGAGGGCCUCGUCAAGAUUGCCGCCGUCUGGGACGCGCCCGGUAAAAAGGAGCAGGCCCUCCAGGAAAUCUGGCCCGACCUGCCCAAGAUUGCAAUCGACCACGCCGUGGCCGAGCCGGCGGCAAAGGCAGGGAAAGUCGCCGUCGUGCCUGCCACGUUUGGUUGGGACGACGUGGGCGACUUUUCGAGCCUGGCAGAUCUCAUCCCCGCCGACGAGGGCAAGGCCAGGAUCCUGGGCGACCAGAACCUCGUCGUCACAGAGUCUCAGGCCGGUGGCCUCAUCGUCCCCGCUGCAGGGAGGACAAUCGCCUGUCUAGGUGUGGACGACGUCGUCGUCGUCGACACGCCAGACGCGCUCCUCAUCACGACGAGGGCCAGGAGCCAGGACGUCAAGAAGAUUGUGGCCAGGUGUAAAAAGACGUAUCCACAGCUCUGCUAG